AAAUUACUUUCUAAAAAUAAUCAUUAUUUAAAAAUGAAUUUACUUUAUGUAGGCAUUUCUCCAACAUGCAAAAAGUAUGUAAACUUACUGAAGGAAAGUAAAGACAUACCAAAUGCAGUUAAAACUCGAUGGCAAUCUCCCCAAUUAUCUAGAUGUGUAAGCACUAGAAAUUGUGAAACAUGCACAGUUUGUUCAAAGGCUAGAUCAAGAUUUCCACAUAUGAAAAAAACAAAGAAAUUAGUAAGUUCUAAUAGGAUGUGUAACGUUUGCUUAUGUGCGAUCAAAAAAGGAAUUCAACAUCAAUGUACUGAAAUGAAUGUGUAUACAAAUCUUUCUGCUAAGUUAUUUAAUGCUUCGGAAAAAGUUCAGAAAAAAGUCACUUCGAAUGUUUUAAGAUCGAUUAUUAAGAAAAAGAAACUUAUGCAUGGAAUCCAGACCCAUCUAAUUACUGGUAAUUUGUUUAUUAGAUUUAUUAGUGUUUUCGAAUUGAUUAAAUCAUCUAAAGUAUUUUGUUAUUCAGGUGGGUUGCCAUUACCUAUAACUGUUGGUGUUCCUCAAUUAGUUAUUAGGAAAGUCAAAUUUGAAGACACUGAAACUAUGAUUAAUCGACUUGAACUUAUUCAAUUCAAAUCACACAUCCUUAUGAAAUCCUUAAGGAAAAGUGGAAUUCAAUUUGAGGCAAAUCUUGAAAAAAAACUUUACCAAAAAAGUAAACUCCUAUCUAAAUUUUAUGAUGUGAAGACAAUUUUUGCAGAAGAAAAAAAAAAAGAGUUGUCAACCAAUGUGUCAAGAGACCUUGUUUAUGUUUUUCAAUUAACAGAGCUGCUUAAAUUUGUAAUGACUUACAGAAAGCAAAACCCUUACCAAACAUUAAUACGAAUUGGAAUUGAUUCAGGAGGUGGAUCACUUAAGGUAAUUUGUAACCUCUUUGAUCCAGAAAAAGAACGAUGCGAAGAUCAAAGUUCUCACGGUACAUACUCUGGAAUUAACCAUUCCAUAGUUCUUGCAUAUUGUGACAACUUGCAGGAGACACACAAAAAUUUAGCCAUUUUAUUAGAUCUUCUAAAGCUAGAAGAUUGUAAAUAUGUUCUUGCAGCUGAUUUGAAAAUAAUUAAUAUUCUUCUGGGAAUUUCAUCUCAUGGUGGUAUGUAUGCUUGUGCUUGGUGUGAAGGAGAAUGUGAAUUUUUUGGUGGGUUGACAAGAACAUUUUUAUCAUUGGAUCUAUUGCAUCGGAGAUACAUGGAAGCUGGUUAUCGAAGUUCUGAAAUGAAAGAUUAUAAGCCACAAUGUUUGAUCGUGGAAUGUCAAUUGCUGAAGGCUGAUUUACCCAAUGCGUUUGGAAACACUUUGUUGCUUCCUGACAAUCAAAUUCUGAAAAAGCAGAAUGCAAUUCUUCAAAACUGUGUUCAGUGA